GGGUGUUAUCGUCCAUAUUUGUUUACCUUUUUGGAGAAGAGAAGUCGCAUCAGAGAGUCAGUCUAUUUAGAUUCCAUAGGACAUAGAAAAAUAUAGACGUUAUGGAUUUUACAAUGGAUUAAUGAACUUUUCUCCAUUACAGUCAUAUUUUAGGAAUAGACUCGUUGAGUCACAUCGAAAUAAUCAACAGAUUUUUGUUGAGCACAUGUCAGCAUUUCAGCAAGGUGAAGCUUCGACCGAUCAUUGACAGUGGGGGAGCUUUUGUGUCGUCAUCAUCCUCAACUUAUUAAUCCCUCCACAUUGAUUAGAUAGUUCAUAGAAAUAUUUAUAGACCCGUCACAAUGGGAAACUCAUCUUCGUCCUCUUCUCGUAGUAGACAUAUUUCAGGCGAUGAAACGGGUCCAUCGCUCACCGCCGGAAAAUUUCUGUCGGACUCCAGUUGCAGUCAAGAUAACUACGAGGCCCUUCUGAAAUCAGGAUACAGGAGACAGAGGGCUGCAACAACACAAAGCCAGGGAGACACAUCUAUCAUGAAACCCAAGCUUCUCCCAACAGUCUUUAAGUGGGAAGGGGGAGGCAAAGAUGUCUACAUCACAGGUUCCUUUAAUAACUGGCAGUCCAAAAUACCGCUUGUUAAGAGCAGUCAUGAUGGUGAAUUUCUCACCAUAAUUGAUCUACCUGAAGGGGAUUACCAAUAUAGAUUUUGUGUUGAUGGCAACAUGUGUGUUGACCCCAAUGAGCCAACUGUCACCAAUGACAAAGGCACUCAGAAUAAUGUGAUUUCUGUGAAGAAGUCAGACUUUGAGGUGUUUGAGGCACUUGCCCUGGACAGUCUGAAUACAAACAGCAACAAGAAAGGGCUUGACACCCCUGGUUCUCCGUCGGGGGAGUACUGUCAAGAUGUUCCUCCCAGAAAGCCAGGGGAGAAACACAGUGGGCCCCCCAUUCUACCUCCACACCUUCUACAAGUGAUACUUAACAAAGAUACUCCUGCACAUUGCGAGCCAACUUUACUACCAGAGCCAAACCAUGUGAUGCUUAAUCAUUUGUACGCAUUAUCAAUAAAGGAUGGCGUAAUGGUUCUUAGUGCCACACACAGAUUUAGAAAGAAAUAUGUUACGACCCUGCUGUAUAAACCUAUAUAGGAUUUAUUAGACUUAUAGGCAUAUUUUAUCAAAUUAUUGAGUAGAUAGUGUUUUAACAUUAUUUGUUCUUUCUCUUAAUGUAAUGACUGAUUCAUUCGACCACAGGUUAAGAACAAAUAUGAAGAAUUCUAGUCUAUCAGAAGUGAAUUGCUUUUUUCCUUGUGUCGUGUUUUGCACCUAUCAGCAGAAAUUUUGUGUCAUAAAUUGUGACUAGCCUGCAUCUAAAUGUUGCGUACUUAGCACAGAGGGUCAUUUUAUUUUGAUUCUUGGCUUUUAUUAUGCACAGAUUAUAUAACUAUAAAAUAUGUUUUCUUUUGGAAAACCUGUAUGCAGAAAAGUUUUUUUUUACAUGGUUUGGUGCAUAUAACUUUAAUUAUUUUAAAGCUGUGACAGUGAAGUAAGGUGAAAAAUAUUUUCUUUUGAACAAAUUAUAUGUGACCCAAGCAUAUUGAUAAGGCAUUCCAUGUUUAUUUAUGAGUAUUUAAAAGAUAAAGAAUUGACAUCUUAGCUGAAAUAUGGAAAACAAUGAUUUCUCAAUCUUUUUUUCUGUGAACAGUGUUCUAUGCAUGCUCACACUAGCAUUUUAUCAGCUCCAAAAAUAUUUCGUUACCAUUUCAAUUUCCUAUUACCUGUUGUGGCUUUAGGAUUUUUUUUUAUACAGUUGCAAUUUUCAAAAGUGCUGCAACUUUGCCAGAAAAAGGAACAUGAAUUAGUAUGCUAAAUAUUUGGUUAGAUAUUAUUUAAUGGAAAAGCAAAGUAAUGUACCAUUUAGUCAAUACCAUACAUAAAAGAAAGCUGUAGGUUUUUUUUAGGUUUACUGCACUAGCUAAAAAUCAUUUUAAAAAUUGGAUCAUCAAUAAGAUACAUUUGUAUUUAUGUUAGUUAAAUUUUGUAUGUUAAAGCUGAUUGUUCAAGUAUGUACAUUGUAGAUUAGCAAUUGGAGAUGCCUCGGCAAUACUUUAUAUUGUGUAUAAGUCUAUAAUGAAAUGGAUUUUUCAUUUAGUAAGUAUUAAAGGCUUUAUGCAUUUAGAUUUAUAGAUUUUGUGCCUGACAAAUUGGGUAUCGUGAAAUUUUUUUUUUCAUUUUUUUCGUAAACCACAGGUAGGAUGAAAUUUAAAAAAGUAUUUUGAUUAAAUAUAGCUACACUGUAUAAUGUACCUGAUAUUAAAAGAAGGAGUGAUUGAUAGCUUGUGAUUAAGAGAUUUUUCUGUUAAAAAUAUGGGUGAUCUCGUCCUUGUUAUGUUUUGUUUGUUUGUUUGUUUGUUUGUUUUGUUGUGGGUGUGGGUUAUUCGAGACAAAGCUUAGCCAUGCAUUGCAUAAAGUUUGGACUAAAGAUGCUGUUGAUUGUGUUAGUGAGAAAAGUAGUUGUUCAAUUAUAAGAAUAACUUGAUAUCUGUAUUUGCACCUACAUGAAUAUAAUCAUAUGCACAGGUGUGAGAGAAGUCAAUGUUGAUGUAUGUUUUAUUUACCAGUAAGUGUCACAAAUCAAUGACAGUGGUUAUAGUUAGGUCAACAAACUUGUACAUGCUUCUCAUUUUCUCAUUUGGCAGCUGGGUGAAAUACUGAAAAAGAAAUUAUCUGUGAAAGGGUCUUUUAACAAUUAGAUAAAGAGCUAUUUUUUUAUUAUUUAUUUAUUUUUUUUUUUUUUCUGAAAGAUGGAGGCAUAUUUGAUGAUAGUGGUAAAACCACUGGUACUUGCUUUGGCUAUUUAUUUCUAUCAAAAUUUCUGUGUUGUUCAAAUUUACUUGUAUAUUAAAUCAGCCCCAAGAUUAAAACAGGGGGGGUGGGGGGCAACUUAAGAUUAUAAUCUUGGGAAAUUUAGUUGCUGUAACUUUACAUAUUUAGGCUUAUAUCAUUUCUCAUCCAUUGCUGACCAUUCCUGAAGAGAGACAUGCUAUGUCAUAAAAGAGGAUGUGAACUGAAGAAAACUGAGAAAAAUAUAGAAAGAACAUCAUAACAUUUUACUUUCAUUUGUAAAAUGACACUGUUUUUAAUUUUGUGGAUGGGUUUUACACAACUUGAAAUCUCAGGUGUUUACACUUUUUCAGCACCAGAACUUUUUGGUAAUCACUGGCUAGGAGAGUCUUGAAGCAUGAAUACAUGGCUGUGCCAGAGCCUUCUUGAAUGAAAUAUGUUGGGUUUUUCCCCCAGCAGAUAUAUGCAUGUAUGAUUUGUUUAAGGGAGGUGGAAGAAAGUGUGUGUCAAGUCUGUGGUCUGACAGUCAAGCCCUUACAUUUAUGUGGUUUUGUGAAGAUUUUUUCUUUGUGGAGGUGCCCCUUCUUGGUGGUAACCAGAACGAAUAUUUAAUGUAUUAUUGUGCAAUGAGUUAGGGAUAUCAGUAUUCCUAGACAUGGUGUAACCAUGAUAGAGACUGAUAUAAAGAGAAUGGAAGAAAGCAUACAAUAUUUUUAAUAUUUUAUUGCUGUUUUGUGGAACAUAAUUUUUACACAUGAUCUGUAUUUUCAUGAAACAUAUUUUUGAUUUGCAGUAGAUAAUAUUUUAAGAAUUAAGAUGUUGCAAUAAAUGACAGAUGUAUCUUUAAGCUUCUUGCACAUAUCAUGAUUGAUAUCAUGAAAUUGGAAUAUAUCACCAGUUCAAGAAAAUAAUGUUCUUAAAUGCAUACAUAUAUAUCUGAUAAAGGAAUUCUGCUCUUACAAUUGUUCACUGUUGGUUAAUUGUACCACAAUUGAAAAAUGUAUAUGCAUAGUAUAUAAUAUUGACAAUUUUAUCAUAAUGAUCACAUUAAAGGGCAGAAGAUGAUAA